GUGCAAGGGAGCGCCUCGCCUGCGGUCUCGGCGGCCGGAGGCCAAAGCUGCGGAGAGGAACAGUCGCCGCGCUGCGCCUGCAGCUCGCCUCUUUACCCUCCACCGGCUGGGCCGCACAGGCGCGGUCUAGGCAGCCCCCACCGGAGUGCCCCAAGUCUGCACUAACUGCCCUCGCUUCAGGCCUUCCGGCCCGCAGCUUCCUCUGGGCGCAGGACUCGACGACGGUUAGCCCCAGGUCAGCGGGAGGCACAGACCAGCUGCAGGCGCCCCAGCCUUGGACCGUUUCCGGGCCCCUUGACCGCCUGGCACCGGCGCGCAAAGGGCCCUUCAGACCGCGACUGGGGCCUAGUCCCGCUCCCGACACCGCUGCCGGCUCCUGGCCUCGAGCUCCAGAACACGAGCAGAGCCGUCGGUGGGCGGGACACUCCUGAGCCUCCGUCUGCCCCGAGCCAGCCCGGAAACCGAGAGCGCCAAGACUCCAGCGCACCCCUGGAGAAGCUGUGCUCCGAGUGCCAGCCCGCGAGGACUCCCAGAGCUCUCCGCAGAGGGGUCCAGGGCCCACUCCUUUGGUCAGCAGCCCGGCCCCGCAGCCUCCGAGACCCGCCCCCGCCCCUCGACAGUAGCGGGCGGCGGGGACGCCCAGGACGCGGGACGGCUGCGCCAUGACGGCUGAGAGCCGGCCGCCGCCGCCGCCGCCUCAGACGGAGGUGCUGGCGGCCGUGAAGGAGGAGCGCAGUGAGGCGGCGACCGGGGUGCCAACGGAGGCCACGGGUCGCGGCACCGGUGGGCGUCGGCGGAAGCGCCCCCUGCAGCGCGGAAAGCCACCCUACAGCUACAUUGCGCUCAUUGCCAUGGCCAUUGCGCACGCGCCUGAGCGCCGCCUCACGCUAGGCGGCAUCUACAAGUUCAUUACGGAGCGUUUCCCCUUCUACCGCGACAACCCCAAAAAGUGGCAGAACAGCAUCCGCCACAACCUGACGCUCAACGACUGCUUCCUCAAGAUCCCGCGCGAGGCUGGCCGUCCAGGCAAGGGCAACUACUGGGCGCUCGACCCCAACGCCGAGGACAUGUUCGAGAGCGGCAGCUUCCUGCGCCGCCGCAAGCGCUUCAAGCGCUCGGACCUCUCCACUUACCCAGCCUACAUGCACGACGCGGCCGCCGCCGCCGCCGCUGCCGCUGCCGCCGCCGCUGCCGCCAUCUUCCCGGGAGCAGUGCCCGCUGCGCGCCCGUCUUACCCCGGCGCCGUCUACGCAGGCUAUGCCCCGCCGACGCUUACCGCGCCGCCCCCUGUCUACUACCCCGCUGCGUCGCCAGGACCGUGCCGCGUGUUCGGCCUGGUGCCUGAACGGCCACUCAGUCCAGAACUGGGCCCCGCGUCGUCGGGGCCCGCGGGUUCCUGCGCCUUUGCCUCGGCCAGCGCCUCUGCAGCCACCACCGGCUACCAGCCUGCAGGCUGCGCGGGGGCCCGACCUACCAACCCCUCUGCCUACGCGGCCGCCUACGCAGGCCCCGAUGGCGCGUACCCGCAGGGGGCAGGCAGUGCCCUCUUCGCAGCGGCUGGCCGGCUGGCGGGGCCCGCCUCGCCCCCCGCGGGUGGCAGCAGUGGUGGCGUUGAGACCGCAGUGGACUUCUAUGGGCGCACAUCGCCCGGCCAGUUUGGAGCGCUGGGGCCUUGCUACAAUCCUGGGGGGCAGCUCGGAGCCGGCAGUGGAGGCGCCUAUCAUGCUCGCCAUGCGACUGCCUAUCCUGGCGGGGUGGAUCGAUAUGUGUCCGCCAUGUGAGCCGAGCUUUCGGUCGAAAAUUCAUAGAUACCUCGGCUGUCCACAUGAACUAAGUUUCCCUGAGACCUGAGAACAGGACUGAAGAGAGGAUUUGAGAGCCACGUAGAAGGGACAGAGAGGGCAGGAGAGGCAUAGCCUCCCAGCGCACCGCGUACACACCGGUCCGCUUUGGAAAUGGGAGGAUGUGGGGAGAGGCAGCGAGGGCCCACGGACUGGGACAAAGGACCCUCAGUAAGGCGAAGCUCCAAAGGACAUGCCUUUCACAUUCUACUGGGGAGGGUACUUGGCGAUAAUGGGGGCGCAGCGUAGUGCGUACGCCAGAGUCUAGGUCUGAACUGUGGGGAAUCACCACCAUGUCUUCACUCAUCCCUGUAUUGCAAGAAACGCGGCCGGGCCUUUUACACGGUUCUGCUUCUUGCGCCUUUGAUUACUACAGCAAAGGCUACAAUAGCGCCUUCCUUAAGGUGAGGAAGAUGAGUUUGCAAAAGAAGUAGCCCCCUCCUUUU